CUCUUUGUAACCGCAUGUCAGCCAGACAAGCUAUCUGUUCAUUCUCGUACAGAAGAAACGAUCAUUUAAACUUGGUCACAGUGACGAGUGAAAAGAUAAUGAAUAGGUGUGGAUAAACUCGACAUUUCUACGUUCUUCAUUAGCCGCUUAAUCUCAUUCCGCUAAAACUGAAGCUGAGUGGGACUCAAUCGUGAUUACAAUCCGAGCCGAGUCAAAAUCAUGGGAGGCGCUGUCGCGAAGGAUUUAGGCGAAGUUAAUACAGAUCGCCAGUUGGACUGCGCAUUGGAUUUAAUGCGACGUCUCCCUCCUCAACAGAUCGAAAAAAACCUUAGUGAUUUGAUCGAUUUGGCACCGGAUCUGUGUGAGGAUCUUCUCUCAUCAGUUGAUCAACCAUUAAAGAUUGCAAAAGACAAAGAAACUGGUAAAGACUAUUUACUGUGUGACUACAACAGAGAUGGAGACUCGUACAGAUCACCAUGGAGUAACACAUACGAACCCCCUCUUGAUGAUGGUGCCCUACCAUCUGACAGACUUCGCAAGCUAGAGGUUGAUGCUAACUCAGCAUUUGAUCAAUAUAGAGAAAUGUAUUUUGAAGGUGGUGUCUCAUCUGUUUAUCUAUGGGAUCUAGAUCAUGGUUUUGCCGGUGUUAUCCUUAUUAAGAAAGCUGGUGAUGGAUCAAAGAAAAUCAAAGGGUGCUGGGACUCCAUCCAUGUUGUAGAAGUCCAGGAAAAGAGCAGUGGACGUCAGGCACACUACAAGCUGACUUCAACAGCUAUGUUAUGGCUCCAGACUAACAAAGCUGGUUCAGGCAUAAUGAAUCUCGGUGGAAGUCUAACAAGACAGGUUGAGUCAGAUAGUUCUGUGAAUGAUGCUAAUCCUCAUAUUGCCAACAUUGGAAAGAUGGUUGAGGAAAUGGAAAACAAGAUGAGAAACACCUUGAAUGAAAUUUACUUUGGUAAAACUAGAGACAUUGUUAAUUCUUUGAGAAGCGUGAAUAGUAUCCAAGAUCAAAGUAAACAAAAGGCAAUGCAAGCUGAGCUUUUCCAAACCCUGAAAAACCGCCAGAAGUAAAGGAAGCCCAUUCACUAGCAGUCCUAGUCGUAACAUAAUCAUAAGAUAGAAAAUAUUUGAACAAGCAUUUGCAGUUAUUUCUUCCAGUGAAGAAAAAUAUUAUUCUGCAUGAUAGUUCUGCAAUCACACUAUAUUAGUUCAAAUGUUUUCACUGUUUGUUUGUUUCUAGUAGGUAGUCUAAAAAAUUAUCGAGGGACUGUUCACAAUUUAUGUUUCUUUUUGGGGGGAGGGGAGGGUGGUUAUGUGGAUUUUGAGCUUCAAAGAAACAUUUUUGUAGUCCCCCAACCACCUUACAAACAUAUUUACUGCCCCCCCUCCCCCCUCAGAAAAGUAAAAUAUAAUAAAUAUAUAUUUAUUUUGUUAGCCUCCCCCCUCCCCUUAAUUUUGACUAAAAAAAAUUGGUGGCAUGCCUCAAAAUCCAAAAAUUCCCCACCCCCUCAACCCAUAUAUUAUGAAUGGUCUCUCAACAGUUUGCAUUUUCUGAAAAGUAAAUACAUUGGGCCGAAAAAAAAUUUGGGAAUCUUGGCAUUUGUCUUUGGAAUUUAUUUUAAAUUUGAUCUUUCUGACUCGACUAAUUCAUUCACCUGAUGAAAAAUAUGAAUCACAAUUUUCUGUUUCCAAUAUCUCUAAAAGUUACACUGAAGACAAAAUAAAAAUCUUACAUUAAUUUUUGUAUCGUUACUGCAAUUUUCAAUAUAAUACAGCAUGAAGUAUGUUGCUGUGUACCAGUGCUUGCUGAAAUUUGUUUUUCACUGAUUUCGGUCCAAGAUAGAAAAGGUACCAUCUGAUUGAUUGACGGUGACGAAAUACCAAAUUUUAGCUUGUAGUUAUGAUUUCACAUUAUAUUAAAAACUGCUAUAAUAGAUUAGUGUUUGUGUUAGUAAUUUAGUAUGUUUGUGGAUGUGUGCUGAUUUGUUUUUAUAUCUGUUUUUAUAAUAACUGUUAAUCGAGAGAGAUCAGAUGCAUGUAGAUGAAAAAUAGAUCAAGUUAUUAAUGAGAAUUAAGAACAAUAAAAGACGAUUUGUAGA